AUGUCUACUAAACUUCAAUCAAAAAACACAGACUUGGCACAAAAACAUGGCAAGAUUCAUUAUGAGGCACAAAUCGAAAAUGCCGCAACUUUAAUAGGAAAUAUUGCAAGUAUACUAACUCAAGAAGUGAUUUUGGAGAAAGAAACUACUUUAA